ACAGAGAGAAGCCAGAAGUCAGAAAGAACUUCGCCCCCCCCCUCAAAAGCAGAAAGAAGACUUCACUUAAAAGACACUUUCAUCCCCCCCCUUCCCAUCCGGAUCGUCUUCUCCUCUUCCUCUCUCAUACUCCUCCCACAACAAACCCCCUCCUCCUUCCACUCUUUCCUUCUCCCUCCCCCUCCCCUACGCAAACUUCACAACCUCUAUAGAUUUCCUUUUUACGGUUUCUAUAGAAUCCACCAGAAGCACGAAUAGACGCUUCUUCACGAAAAACGAACCCCACCGAGAACGCUUCUGUCCAUCAGCAGCGCUAGUCGACCCGGUCCCCUCCUGCUUCGGCCGACUUGAAAAUUUCUCUCACUAGACUGCUUUUUCGAAGUCUGCCUAUCUAAUACCACCCCGCCGACCCCUCGUCUUCCUUUCUCUAUAUAGACCCGGUUUAGAUCUCGUUUUUUCUUCCGAUUUCACACUUCGAAAUGGCACCCGCUGUUGAUACCAUGUCUUCCUCCGUCAUCGCUUCGGAGAACCAGAAGUCGAUCAAGGUGCUCGACGAGCUCUUGCAGAAGCUCACCAUCUCGAAGACCAAGGACGAGGCUACAUACGCCGCCGAGAACUUGGCUACCUUCAUUAACGGCCCCAUCGAGGAGCAUGCUGUGCCCACAAAGAUCCUCGAGGCGAUCAAGAAGCAGCUUUCCAGCAAGAAGGAUGCCGCCGCUCGGGAACACGCUUGCGUGGCGAUCUCUCACAUCUGCGGAAAGGACCUGGCCGCCGGCAUCGAGCCCUACAUCGUCUCCCUGCUGCCCAUCCUCCUGUCUACCGUAGGUGACAAGAUCACUGCCGUCAAGAACGCCGCCGAUGAGACCGUCCUUCGUCUCAUCCGCGCCAUCAACCCCAACGCCAUCAAGGCCGUUCUCCCCGCUUUGACCGAGUCGAUCCUGAACGCCCCCAAGUGGCCCGAGAAGAUCGCUGCCCUCAAGGCGCUCGACCUCCUCGUCCAGUUGGCUCCUUCGCAGACCGCUGUCCGUCUCCCCGAGCUGAUCCCAACUGUCUCCGGAGCCAUGUGGGACACCAAGCCCGAAGUCAAGAAGAUGGCCAAGGCCUCCAUGGAGAAGCUGUGCUCUUUGAUCUCGAACAACGACAUCAACCGGUUCAUUCCUCAGUUGAUCGGCUGUAUCGCCAAGCCCGAGAACGUCCCGGAGACUGUUCACUUGCUCGGUGCCACCGUCUUCGUCGAGAACGUGCACGCCCCUACCCUGUCCAUCAUGGUUCCUCUGCUCGAGCGUGGUCUGUCGGACCGUGACACCACCAUCAAGCGUAAGACUGCCGUCAUCAUCGACAACAUGUGCAAGCUGGUCGAGGAUCCUCAGAUCGUCGCUCCUUUCCUGCCCAAACUCAUGCCCGGCCUGAACAAGAACUACGACAAUAUCGCCGAUCCCGAGGCCCGUGGCAAGACCCAGAUGGCUCUCGAUACUUUGGCCCGUGUCGGUCACGUCGUCGACGGCAAAAUCCCCGAGACCAAGUUCCCUGGUGACCCCAAGCUCAUCCUCGAGGUCGUCAAGUCGAUCAUCAACAACCCCAAGGACGCUGCCGACUUUGAGACCGUCCUCCACUAUAUCGCCUGCAUCGCCGGCUCCCUGGUCGACGAGAAGGAGGAGGAAAACGCCGUCUGGGUCGAGCACACUGUCUCGUACUUCCACGUCGUCCUUCCUGAGGGUGCUGCCCAGGCUGCCGCUGACACCCUGCGCAAGCGUGUCGCCGUCGGUGAGGUCGCCGUCGAGGGUGACGUCGAUGACGAGGAGGGCGAGGAUCUCUGCAACUGUACCUUCAACUUGGCCUAUGGUGCGAAGAUCCUGCUCAACCAGACUCAUCUGCGGUUGAAGCGUGGUCAGCGUUACGGUCUUUGCGGUCCCAAUGGUUCCGGAAAGUCGACCCUCAUGAGGGCCAUCAACAACGAGCAGGUCGAGGGUUUUCCCAAGAAGAGCGAGGUCCGCACCGUCUUCGUCGAGCACGACCUGGACUCCGACGAUACCGAGAAGACCGUCGUUGGCUGGUCUACCGACAAGCUCCGUGAGGCUGGUGUCGAAGUUUCCCCUGAGGAUGUUAAGAGGCAGCUCUUGGAGUUCAACUUCGUUCCCGAGAUGAUGGACGCACCCAUCACCUCGCUCUCCGGAGGAUGGAAGAUGAAGUUGGCGCUUGCCCGUGCCAUGUUCGAGAAGCCCGAUAUUCUGUUGCUCGACGAGCCUACCAACCACAUGGACAGGCAGAACGUCAAGUGGCUCGAGUCUUACCUCACCACUUCUCCUUGCACGUCGAUCAUCGUCUCGCACGACUCCGGCUUCCUGGACAACGUCUGCCAGCACAUUAUCCACUACGAGCGCUUCAAGCUUAAGCGUUACCGUGGUAACCUCAAGGCCUUCACCGAGAAGGUUCCUUCCGCUCGCUCUUACUACGAGCUUGGUGCCUCCGAGUUGGAGUUCAAGUUCCCUGAGCCCGGUUUCCUCGAGGGUGUCAAGACCAAGGCCAAGGCUAUUGUUCGUGUCUCCAACAUGACGUUCCAGUACCCUGGUACUUCGCGUCCCCAGAUUCGCGACAUCUCCUUCCAGUGUUCGCUCGGAUCCCGUAUCGCCGUCAUUGGACCGAACGGAGCCGGAAAGUCCACCCUGGUCAACGUCUUGACCGGUGAGCUCAUCCCCACCGCCGGAGAAGUCUACCACCACGAGAACAUCCGUAUUGCCUACAUCAAGCAGCACGCGUUCGCCCACAUCGAUAACCAUCUGACCCUGACUCCCUCGGAGUACAUUCAGUGGCGUUUCCAGACUGGUGAGGAUCGCGAGACUAUGGAUCGCGCCAACACCAAAAUCACCGAGGAGGACGAGCUUGGAAUGAAGAAGAUCUUCCGCAUUGAAGGUUCGCAGCGUCGCGUCAUCUCGAUCCACUCCCGAAGAAAGUUCAAGAACUCUUACGAGUACGAGUGCUCCUUCGAGCUUGGUGAGAACGUUGGCUUCAAGGGCGAGAAGUGGAUCGUCAUGUCCACUGCCGACAAUGCCUGGAUCCCCCGUACCGAGCUGAUCACUACCCACUCCAAGCUCGUCGCCGAGGUCGAUCGUCAGGAGUCGAUCAAGAACGGUCAGUUCCGUCAGCUUGUCCGCAAGGAGAUUGAGGUCCACUGCGAGCAGUUCGGUCUUGACGCUGAGUUGGUUUCCCACUCGCGCAUGCUCGGUCUCUCCGGAGGUCAACGUGUCAAGGUCUGCUUGGCCGCCGCUACUUGGCAGCGUCCUCACUUGAUCGUUCUUGACGAGCCCACCAACUACCUCGACCGUGACUCGCUCGGUGCUCUGUCCAAGGCUCUCAAGGAGUUCAAUGGAGGUGUCAUCAUCAUCACUCAUUCCGAGGAGUUCACCAAGAACUUGACCGAGGAGGUCUGGUCCGUCAUGGACGGAAGGAUGGUUCCUUCCGGACACAACUGGGUCUCUGGCCAGGGUUCUGGUCCCAGGCUCGACAAGGCCGAGGGUGAGGAGGAGGACACCUUUGAUGCCAUGGGCAACAAGGUCGCCGCUUCCAAGAAGAAGGCCAAGCUCUCGUCCAGCGAGCUUCGCAAGAAGAAGAAGGACCGCAUGGCCCGCCGCAAGCGUGGUGAGGAGGUGUUCUCUGACGAGGAUGACUUCUAAACGAAACGCAACGCUCCGUCUUGACAAUUAUUUGGGAACUUGGGUUUUGUUUUAGAUCUCUUCCUAUAGAUGGACUGUUUGGUUUUCUUUUCAUUGCCUUUUUCUUUUCCUUCUUACUGGGUCUGGCUUUUUCUUUUGCGCGUUGGGUUGGUCGUGUCCGGUUUGGCCUGGGGAUGAUAAAAAGGGAGUUUCUAUUGUGUUUUUAAACUUUUUUCUUUCUUUCGUUUUUGGGCUUCGGAUAAUGGUUUACGAAUUGAUGAGGGGGUUCAUCUUA